GGCGCACGCGCAGGCUCUCCGGGUCCGGGACUCAGCUGAUGCAGUUGUUGUGCUACCCCGCCCCCGCAGCUCUCCGGGCCGCACUCAGGUCGGUGAUCGGCCCCGCCCCGGGACCGGGGGACGCCGUGACCCUGUCCUGCGGCCCGCCCCGCCGGAGCAUCCCGGGACCGCGCAGCCCUCCGCGUGCGGUUUCUAGAGCAUCUGAGAACCGUGUUGAGUUCACAAGACCGCGACAUAAACAUUGAGAGCCUGGGGAGGAGAAGAAGGGGAUCUAGCACUUCUUUUUAAAACCUCAAACAUGGGAAAGUCUCUUUCUCACUUACCUUUGCAUUCAAAUAAAGAAGAUGGUUAUGACGGGGUUACGUCGACAGACAAUAUGAGGAAUGGAUUGGUUAGCAGUGAAGUGCACAAUGAAGACGGGAGAAAUGGAGACGUCUCUCAGUUUCCAUAUGUGGAAUUUACUGGAAGAGAUAGUGUCACUUGUCCCACUUGCCAAGGAACAGGAAGAAUUCCUAGGGGACAAGAAAACCAACUGGUGGCAUUGAUUCCAUAUAGUGAUCAGCGGUUACGGCCAAGAAGAACAAAGCUGUAUGUGAUGGCAUCCGUGUUUGUCUGCCUGCUCCUGUCUGGACUGGCUGUGUUUUUCCUUUUCCCUCGAUCUAUUGAGGUGAAGUACAUUGGUGUAAAAUCAGCCUAUGUCAGUUACGACUUUGAAAAGCGAACCAUAUAUUUAAAUAUCACGAACACACUAAAUAUAACAAAUAAUAACUAUUAUUCUGUUGAAGUUGAAAAUAUCACUGCUCAAGUCCAGUUUUCAAAAACAGUGAUUGGGAAGGCACGCUUAAACAACAUGACUAACAUUGGCCCACUUGAUAUGAAGCAGAUUGAUUAUACGAUACCCACAGUUAUUGCAGAGGAAAUGAGUUACAUGUACGAUUUCUGUACACUGCUCUCCAUCAAAGUACACAACAUAGUACUCAUGAUGCAAGUUACUGUAACAACAGCAUACUUUGGACACUCGGAGCAGAUAUCUCAGGAGAGGUACCAGUAUGUCGACUGUGGAAGAAACACGACUUACCAGUUGGCCCAGUCUGAGUAUCUAAAUGUCCUUCAGCCACAACAAUAAACUCUAAAGGAGAUGAGGUUAGAGCCAAUGACACACCUGAGACAUCAUCAGAACUGUCUGUGAGGAGGUACUGCCUAGAAGGAAGGACAUCUUUAAUUAAGCACGUCUAAAGUUUAUACUGGGACAUUGAGGGUUCAGCUAACAGAAUCUGGUCCUUACGCAGUUCCUGGACUCUCGUUUUCUGUGUUGACGAUUUGCUCCUACCAAGAGCUUUUCCUCCAUCCUAAGUUAACUGAUUACCUUUCUUCUUUGUUCCCAAGGUGAAAAAUUGAGACUUCCUUAGAAUACAAUAAUUAUAUAAAAGUCAUAUAUUUAAUCUGUAUGUCUAUUGAUAAUAUAGUUCAAUCCUGAACAUAAUUUGAAAAAUUACUUCUGAAGAUUUUUAUAUGAAAUUACUGAAAGCCUAUUAUUCAUGGAGAACUUUUAAAAACUGACCUGUUUUAUAAAUUCCCGUUCUUACAUGGUAGUCUUUCAACUAUAUGAUAACUUAGCUAUUAGCUAAAUGUUCUUAGCCUUUAAUUUCUUGAAAUUUUACUGAUUUGCAUGUUUUGUCUUAUUUCUAGCUAAUGGUUGCAUAAUAUUUACCAGCCAUAACAGUCUGCCAAAUUCUGUUCUACAUUUUUGUAAGAACCACUCAGUAUGUGUUUUAUGUAUAACUUUGUGAACUUUCUGUGUGAUCUUCAAACAUAUUCCUUUAAUGUACAAUAUUGUAAAUAAAGUGCAUGGCUUUUAUACAGCUUUGAUAAAGGUCAAAUGAAGUGGUACAGAUUAAGAAGUAAAGCAAGUUGUUCAUAAAGUAGGAAAAUAAAAUUCAGAAACCUAUCAGUAUCAGAAAGUAUCAGUAGGUUCCAGCUACAUGUUGGAACUGGCAUAAAAUAGAUGCACAAUAAAGCAUUUUGAUGCUCUACUUCUUAUGUUGCUUUUCAUAUUAAUUAUAUAGAUCCUUUUCAUAGCGAUUAGGUAUCAUCAACUUCAUGAAUGUUUUAAGGAAGGAAGUCAUUUCUUACUAGAGAUUAUUCAAGAAAUCCUUUCAUUGAACACUGGUGGCUACAUCAAAAUAAAACCUAUACUUUGCUUAAAAAAUUUAAUCAUCAUGCAUCAUACUGACUUGAUACUUCUAGCAGUUACAUUAAACAUUUAUUUUUUAAUUUUGUCUAACAUCGUUUUCAAGUAUGAUGAAUUUUGUUAGUUUAUAUUUUCUGUGUCAUUUUCCACAGUAUUUUCCUUAUUCACUCAGCAAAUUUUAAGGACCCGUAGAGUGCAUUUUGUUUUCAUGUCAGAAGUUGGGUUUUCUUUUUCCCAUACUCAAGUGCCUCUGUUAGUUGUUCAUCAGUCUGAUUCUCAAGUAUGAAGCAUAAAUUCUAAUGGCUUCAUUCCACCCUUUCAGCAUUCGCCAUCUUUCCUUAGCAUUCAUCCUGUGUUCGCCAUGUGAGUGAACUUUGUAAUCAUCCAUGUUUUGUAUCCUCAGGCAUUGAUAUGCUGGCCGCCCCUCUUGGUACACCCAGAGUGUCUUCUGCAGUCAUUCACAUUCUAGUCAAGCUGGGCUGCUUGAAAUGUUUUGUGUGUGCGCUUGCUGUUCACCUCCAUUCUUGAAGCUGCAUAGUUGGCUAGUUGUGCUUAUGGUUUUCAAAUCAAUCUCAUUUCAUUAUCUGCUUUCUUUCCUUUUUAUGUAACUAUCUGUGUGUCAUCUGUUUUGUUUCAUAUAUUUGUUUUGUCUAGAGAUGUCUAAUCCAGUUACUUAGAAGUUAUUGCUGUCUUUAGUUUGGCUACUUACCCCAUAUCUGUCUCUGACCAGUAACUAUAUAGUUUCUUGUUUAUUCAGUUAACUUUCAUAUUCUAGUGACUUUCUAUGUAAAAAAGGAAAAUGUAAAUAAACCUUUUUUUAUGAUUUUCAUUGUGCUUUUUCCCCAUCUUGGCUCCAUGCCUCCUUACAACCAUGUAAUGUGUACAAAAUAAUCAUCCAUCCAUUUCUCCAAAAUCACCCUUUAUAUAUGCCUCAUAUAAAAAUCAGUUUCCAUGUUCCUCCCAUGUGUAUUUUAGUCUAGGAGAGCACCAUGUAAGAGAAGUUGGUUUUUGACUUUCUUCCAGAGUUCUUGAACAUGGCCUACAGGGGCAGGACAGUAUAGUGAACUCUGCUCCCUGUGAUUCACUUUCAAUAUCUUUUCUUGACUGCUUAAAUUGAGAUUUCUAUCUCAUCUAGUUUUAAUGUCUAGGUUUAGUAAUGUUGGAGUGAUUUGAAAAAACCAACCAAACAAAAAAACACCUAGAAUUGAAGCACAUUGCCUAUGACUCUUCAAGGAAAAUCAAGUGACUCCUGGGUAAGCCAGGCUGGUAACAGAUGUAAGUUAAUAAAACUCAGAACAGAGUGAAGAACAACAAGCUGAGCAGUAGCCAUAAAAACAUCUGCAAGUGUGAAUGAGGCUUUUUGCUUUUCUUAGGUCGGUCUGAGUCUGGUUUGGCUAAGUCUAGCUUCUGGCAGGGAGGAAGGGUAGGUAUUAAUAUAUUUUUAUGAGUACCACCAGAGCUUAGGCAGGGACAUGAUGAAGACAUUCCCAUGUUGCCCCAUGCUCACAGGAGUAAAUUCUGCUCUACGCUAGCGCAGCACUGGCCCAGCCUCUGUGUGGACGCUGUGUAUAUGACACACUGGCUGUUGCUCUUCUGUCUGCUUUCCUUAUGUAAUUUCUCCACAGAACACUGAGAGGAUUUGUUUUAAAAUUAUAUAUUAGCAAACACUUUAAUUGAAGCCAUAGGCUGGUUGUCUGUCUCUCAUAUCUGUGUCCCAUCAAUUAAAAUGUCUGUUGGAAAGCCAUGGUUACUCUGGUUAAUACAAUUAAAAAUUGAAGAAGUGGCCAGCAAGAUGGUGCAGUGGUUGAGGAUGGUUGCUACCAAGCUUGAUGACCUGAGUUCAAUCUCUGUACCCCACAGAAGAAGGAGAGAACUGGCAUUCUUCGUGGAUGCCAGUUCUCAUACAGUACAAUACCACAUAUAUAGUACACACACACACACACACAAAUGCAUGGAUGCCGGUUCACAUACAGUACAGUACCACAUAUAUAGAACACACACGCACAUAUAUAUACAAAUGCAUAUAAAAAAUGAAGUAAAAGUUCUUGAAGUUAAUAGUGAUGGAUAAGAUGUUGGUAACUUUGAAUUGCUAUCUGAAAUAUUCCUAAAAGUAAAUUAAACAAUGUAGAACCUUCAGAACCAAAGCUGGAGCUUAAUUUUUGUGUGUUAAUAUUUAAUACUUCACAAUCCUUCCAAUAAAAAUAAAACUGACAUUUUUGGUGUGAAUUAUUUAUAAGUAAGAUUAUUACAUUUGAGAUUUGAAAUACAGUGUGAAAAAUACUAGACAUGACAUGAAUUGUUUGAAAGACUAUCUUGCCGGACAUGGCAUUUCAUAGAACAUGACUGUAUUUUGUUAUCAGUUUUCUUUUGACUCCUGUUUACUUGAUCUUAAUGAAGUAAUUAUUUUUUUCUUAAAACAUAUUGCAAGAGUAAAAUAUAACUCACUUCAUAUCUUAUAAUUUGCACUUAGGAAAUGGUGGUACAGUGUAAAAUGAGGUGGGAGAUUGACAUGCAAACACAGUCUAAGUAACAUUAGGACAAUUGAAACUUGGCGCUCCUGGGCCUUGUGGUUUUGGCCUACUGUGGAAUAAUUGUGGGUAUUGUGCUGGCAAGGCAUGUUGGCUCUUGUCCAUUCUGUCUUUAAAGUACUGAAAUCAACAGGUUGUUAACACAUUGAGUCUUAUUUUAGAAGAUUAGUUUCAUUUAUAUGGUUUAAAAAUAUGAAUAUUUUUAUAUUUUCAAAUACAUUUUUUUGUCUUCUUUGAUAAGUAAUAAGAGCUAAACAUUUAGCCAUUGGUUUUUAAGCAAUCAGUAAACCAUGAUGCCACCAGGCUAGAGUUUGAGACACUGAAAUGCCACAGCUGCUUGGCUCAAAGUGUGUCUUAGAGUGGGUCAGCCUUAUUCCUCUGACUGACUUUGGGAAAUUAGAUUUUAAAUGAAACAUUUAUCUUUAACUUUCUAAAGAAAAUUAGUACACAUCUUAGAAAGCUGGAUAAAAAUUAUUAUUUCUUCAAAGAUGUAUUUUUAGAUUAAAACAAAUUGUUUAUGAUACACUUGGCUCAUGAAUUGAACUUCUAUAUCACAGACCUAUUUACAUCACAAUCUUCAUCCACAGUUUCUGGUUGCAACUACUUUGUGUGGUUUUAGCUUGCUUAGAGAACAGGUUUCACAGAGGAGCUCUGAAGUUUAUCUUUAAAUUCGAUAAAAACAACAGCAAUGGGAUUACUGUAGGAACAAAAAUAGAAUUUCCAUGUUUUAAGCUGUUAAUGCAAUUCCUCUUGUUCCUUUUACAUGUUUUAACAAGGACUCCAAGUUGAAGAUACAGUAUGGUUGGUGUUUGACCCCUCAAAGCAGUGCAUAGAUAAUGUAGCAAGAUUUGAGGAGAGUUUCAUAGUCAAGUCUAACUAUUCUAGAAGGAAGUCGUUGCCUUCUGUUUAAUUACAUUAAUUGAAAUGUGUUUAAGUGAAAUAUUUUCCGGAUAUUUUGUAUGCUGUAAAACAAAAAAAGGAAUAGUAUUGUGCCAAUGGCCAAAGGUAAUAUUACUACCAUGUAGAUGAUGAUAGUUCAAAUUGUCCCACAUCACCCAGAAUUUUAGAAACUAGAAGUCUGGGGGGACACCGAAUCAGCUGUAUUGGGUGAUUCUUAAGUCGUACACUCUAUUCAUCUUGUAAACGUCCAGCAUGAGAAGGAACAAUGCUAGGCUGCACUGAUGCAGAACCUCCUACCACAGAGACUGCUGUCAGACAUAAGUAUCAGCCAGUCAUGUCUGUGUGUUUUAUCUUAGCGUUUCCUUUAGAGUUUAACCCAAAAGGAUAGGAAAAUGGUUUGGGAUGUUCACUUCCGAAGUGAAUGAUAGUAUUCCUAAGCUCUGACAGUUGGUUUGGAUGGUGGAAUAGAGAAUGUAAGGUCCAUUCUGUAUGCUUGCUCUUUCGUGGCCUCCAUAUGUUACAUCUGUUAAAUUCACUAUUUGUACAGUUCUGAAUUAUGAUUAUGAUUGCUGUUCAUGGUUAUGAUAGGAACAAGAAUAAAAAUGCCCCCAAUGCUAUUUUUUAAAUUCACUUGUAACUGUUACUCUUAUAAUUAUGUAUGACAAAAUAAAAUUUGUAAGACACACUUUAGCAUGAAAAAUAAAAUUUGUA